AUGGAAGCCAAAUCAAAAGAAUUUGCUAUUGAGUGUCCUGAUAAUAUUCCAAAACCAAUUUGUGAAGAAUUUAUUUCUCAAAAAAGUUUUAAACCACUUGGAGGAAUAGGAAAUAUUGCUACUUGUAAAAUUUGCGAGUCAUUUGUAGGAAUAGCACUUGAUUAUAUAACUAAAGGAGAGACAGUAGAGAAUUUGAAUAAGAAGAUUCUUGACUUUUGUAGUAUCUUUUCAAGAGAAUUACCACAUCAUUACUGUUUUGUAAUUGCACAAGAAAUUUAUGUUAAAGUAUUAAAUGCUGUUCAAAAUAAUGAAGCAGUCGAUACUACACUUUGCUCAAAGAUCAACUUAUGUUAA